UAGAUGCAUUUUCGUCAGUGACUUGGUUGACUUCAUAGUGUCACCAUGUCUGGACGCGGCAAAGGCGGGAAGGGCCUUGGUAAAGGUGGUGCCAAGCGGCAUCGCAAGGUGCUACGUGACAACAUCCAAGGAAUUACCAAGCCAGCUAUUCGACGUCUGGCUCGGCGCGGCGGCGUAAAGCGGAUCUCCGGUCUUAUCUACGAAGAGACCCGUGGGGUGCUGAAGGUUUUUCUCGAAAACGUUAUUCGCGACGCGGUUACCUAUACCGAGCACGCCAAGCGCAAGACCGUCACCGCCAUGGACGUGGUAUAUGCGCUGAAGCGGCAAGGCCGCACUCUCUAUGGUUUCGGCGGCUAAAAUGACUUCCAAAUCGUAAGAUUUUUCCCAAAGGCCCUUUUCAGGGCCGCCCAUUCCUUCACAGGAAGAGCUGAGCUCAUUUGUUUGUCUUAGGUGCAUUUUGACCAAUUUCUAUCAGGUCAACGUACAAAAAGGACCAAAGGCUUUUUGUCACUCCAAACCGAAAGCUGUGGGUCUUUGUCGCGCGAGGCCAGUGAGCUGCGCGGCACCUCGCUUAUCAAUUGCAGCCUGCUUUCGGUCUCCUACCAACUAAGUUCCCGAGUUUACGGAGGUUAACUUUCUGAGGAAUAGCCAUAUUGCUUUCUACAGUGGCUGGAUCAUAUUCCAUCCCUAUCAACAAUGCGUGAGGGUUCCACAUUCCCCACAUCCUCUCCAACACUUUUUUUAAAUAAUAGCCAUCCUUGUGGGUGCGAAACGGUUAUCUCAUUAUAGUCUUGAUUUUGUAUUUCCUUAAUGGCUAAAGAAAAGUCUAGUGUAAAGUUCUUUACCCAUUUUUUAAUUGGGCUUUUUCUUUUUCUUAUUGCGUCAUAAAAGGUCUUUAUGCAUUCUGAAUUUUAAGCUCUUAUCCAAUAUUUGCAACUAUUUUCUCCCAUUCUGUUUGUUUUUCAAUUUCUUUGUAAUCUCUACUGCACAAACGUUUUUAAUUUUGAGUCAUUUAUCUAUUGUUUCUUUCGUUGCCUGUGUUUUUGGUGUCAUAUGUAAGAAUCCAUUGCCAAAUCCCAGGUCAGUCAUGAAGAGUUGUCCCUUUAUUUUAUCUUCUAAGAGUUUUAUAAUUUUAGCUUUUAUAUUUAGUAACUUGAUCCACUUUAAGUCAAUUUUUGUGUAUGCUGUGAGGUAGGAGUCUAACUUCAUUCUUUUGCGUAUGGAUAUCCACUUUUCCUGGUACCAUUUGUUGAAGAGAGUAUUGCAUAUACAUAGCAUCCUUGUUGAAAAUUAAUUUGCCAUAAAUGUGUGACUCUAUUUCUGGACUUUCAGUUCUGUUCCAUUGGUCUGUCUGUAUUUAUGCCAGUACCACACCAUUUUUAUUAUUGUAGCUUUGUAGUAUAAUUUGAAAUCGGGACUUGUGAGUCCUCCAACUUUGUUCUUUUUCAAUGUUGUUUUGGCUACUUGGGGCCCUUGCAAUUAUCUUCAUAUUUUUUUUAUCUUCCUAGAAAAAUGAAGUGAGACUAAAGAUGUGAUUGGCAAAACGGCACAAGUGUAUAUAGAAGGAUGUUUGCUCAUGUUUUUGGUGUGAAUGAUGUUCAAGUUUUUGACUGUGAUGAAACAUGAUUAUGGAGUAGUCUUAUAUUUAUCUUGAUCCAUUGCAGUCACAGAAUAGCCUUGUCUCAUAUUGGUGUUCUGUGAAAUAGUUUAAAAUCUACCAAAGAACACCAUGGCUUAGCUAUAAAUUGCAGGCUAGCUCAUAUCAAUACCAAGGCCUAUGAUAGCAUAGGCCUCCAGCUGUUUUUCCUACCCACUGGCUGUUUUUUGGAGGAUGACCCUAACUAUCUCUCUAAAUUCCAUCAGUUUUCCUCCAUCCACUUCAAGAUUUACAAGUAAACAUGUCGUCUAAGAAAAAAUAAAUUGCUUGCUAUAUAAAUCAUUUCCCUGACCUCUCUCCCAAUCUCCAAACUUGUAUGUCCAACUUCAUAUUUGACAUCUCUGCAUGAAUAUCUAAUGGGAAUCUCAAACUUAAUUCAUCCCAAAUAGAUAACUUGACACUUACACACCAAACCUGCUCUUUCCCCAGUGUUUCCCAUUUCAGUAAAUGGAAGACCAUUCUCCCUGUGCCUCCUUUCAGGAAACUUGGAAUCUCUUUGACCUCUCUCUCACAGCUUUCAUCCAAUCCAGUCAUCUUUAUCUUCACAUCAAUUAGACCAUCUUUCACUACCUCCUUUGCUGUUAUUUUAGUGCAAGCCACCAUCACCUUUUGCCGGAAUAACCAUAAUGACCUAACUAGUCUCCCUUUUGCCAUUCUUGACCCCCAUUGUGGUUCUCCACCUAGCAACAAGAGUGACAUUUUUAAAAGGUGUCAUGUGCACCCUCUGCUCAAAACACUCCAGUGGCUUUCUAUCUCCUUCAUUAUAAAAAUCAACAUCUUAUCACAGCCUACAAGUCGGGUGAUUAACUGUUCUAGUUUGCUUGGAUUUGAGGAGUUUCCCAGGAUGUGGGACUUUCAGUGCUAAAUCUUGGGAGGUCCCAGGUAAAUCAGGAUGAAUUGGUUUCCCUACCUAUGAGCUCUGCUGGAUUAGACCACUUGCCACCUUCUGACCUCAUUCUCUGCCACAUUCUUCCUCUUUACCAUCUCCUUGCCGUUUCCGGAAUGGGCCAAGCAUGUUGCAGCCUAGAGGCUUUAUACUUACUCUUCUUCUUUGAAGUGUUUUGUACCAGUUAGGCAAUAUUAUCCUUGUUCUGACAAGGAACUGGGUGGAUUUAAGGACUGAGGAGGGCUUAGAGAUUUCUACCUGGGGUAGUGGCUGGUCACUAAGAUGAUUAUGAUGCCAUCAACAAGGCUAUGAGCUAACAA